AUGUUGGCCAACGUAGCUCUUGUCCUCCUGGCGGCGCCCCUCACCCUGGGGAGGCCACAGGAGAGCAAUGAGCAUCGCCAGGUUGGUCGCCUCAGGCGUCAACUCGGAGCUGAUUCACUCUCUCAAUCUUGUCAUGUUCGCACACGUACCUAUCUUUCAAAUUCUGCACCAACGAGUACUUGGGAUGAUGGCCAGGGUUCUAGUUCAGGCAAUUAUGAACCUGGCCUUCCAGAUGGCCCAUACGAUCCAGGUCUACCUGAUGGCUCAUACGACCCAGAUCUACCAGAUGGCUCAUACGAUCCAGGUCUACCAGAUAGUUCGUAUGAGCCGGGUAACUCAGGAUAUUUUUGGGGUACGAAUGGCAAUGGAGGAACUUCUAAUACAUUGCCUGAUUUCCCUCAUAUCUCUUACAACAAUGGCGGCGGCAAUGUUGGACCUACUCUCAUCACUACUAACGCCGCUGAGAGUACAGCAACCUUGAUUGAAACGACAACCUUUGAAACAUUUUUGCCCACUGUCAUCACCACUGGAGGCUCGACUAUCACCACAAGCACCCUGUGUACGCUGACUGAGACCAUUACGACAACUGCUGCACCCACAGAUUCGUUCACUGUGUCAGUGACAGACUCGAUCUCUGUAACAGACACAGUGCCAACGACUGUUCCUUCUGUUUCCACUGUGACAGUUACAGAGACGUUUAUCUCUAUAAGCGAUGGCCUCACAAUUACCGCUACUCAGACCACCACCUUUAUUAGCACUCAACUCAUCACGUCAAUUAGCGGUAUCAUUCUGCCAACUAAUAGCAUCAACUUCUUGAUCCUCAGUGUUCAAGACAUAGUCACCGAGACAGCCGUCCCGGUGGUCCGACGAAACAAGCAGAAGAGACAGGACGACAUCACCACCACAGACGAAGCCACUCCCACUGAGGAAUUCUUGACCAUAGGUGAAGCCUUUCCCACAAGCGAAGCCUUUCCUACAGAUCAAGUCUUCUCCACAGAUGAUGUCUUCUCUACAGAGGAAAUUUUCCCCACAGGCGAAGUCCUCCCUACAGGCGAAGUUACCACUACGGGUUUCGGCUCCGGGGGCGGCUUCGUUGGCAGGGGCUCAGAUCCUAAUCCGCAAGAUUGCACAGAUGCUGGGCGUUUCUUGCAGCUAAAUGAGCAGCUUUUUGCUAACGAUGACAUUCCAAUUGGCGUUGAUCCUGGCGUUCCAUUUAUUGAUCUGUCUAUGGAGACUCCGGGCAGCAUUACAACAUCAUUCUCCAUUCAAAGCGGUUUCCUUGUAUGGGUAAACUCGCUGUUCCCUGAUGGCGUAGCCCAGUACUGCCAGACUCCAAACGGAACUAUUUUUGCCUUGUUUGAUGUCUUGCUCGCCCCUGUAGGGUGUGUACUCAAGGACUUGGUCGUAUAUCCAGAUGACCAAUGCAUAAACGGCACUCUGGUCGGUGCUAGCCCAGCCCCAACCAGGACGAUUACUGCUAUUGGCACUAGCACUUUUAUUCCAACUUCUGUUCCAACUACGGGUCCCACCAGUGGAUUACCACCAACCAACACCAACACAGAGACAAACAGCCAGCCGGCCGCCUCAAUAUCGAGCAGCAGUAUCAGCACUACAACGGGUAUCGGGCCGCUCGCAACAUUUUCCAUUUUCGGAUCCGAUUCUGGCACCAGUGCCGAUGGGACGACGCUGAAGCCCGAAUUUGGCACCGUCACUGGCGAGCUUUCGGGUCUGACCAUCUUCGACUCGUCCCAGUCUCCCGUGACCUACAGUUUGGACCCAGUCACAGGUGUUGUCCUUGUGCAUGGACUCGAGAACCCGGCUGACCCUAAUGCCGCCCCGGAGAAUAUCUGCUGCACAUAUACCGAAAAUGGCAAUCUGGUCGACCCGGCUCAAUGCUCCGUGUCGCGCUGCUCGCUGGGCGAUGCGACCACAGCACCUCUACAGUGCAAUCCAGUUGCCGCCACUGGACAGCUGAGAUGCUUCCUGGACGCCACUUCAAUCGGGGAUGUCUACGACAUUACUCAACUGGCUCCCAGAGGGGACGGCUCGUAUCAAUUAGAAAUUGGCAAAGAGGUCACGGCUGGCAACUUUCCAGUAACUCUGACCACAGUCUCGCCAGGGAAUACUUCGUCCACUAGCAGCAGCACUGCGACUAGCGGAGAAACCUCCGUCACCAACACUGAGCCCACUGGCACUGGGCCUUCUGGCACCGUGAUCUCGAGCACCACCACCUCUCCAUCUGGUUCUGUUGCCACUUUCCCCGUCUUUGCCGGCGACUCUGGUACCUCUGCCGAUGGACUGACGCUACACCCAGCGACCGGACCCGGAGCAGGAACACCACCACGCAUCGGCUUUGGACCUGCGUCUUCCCCCGGAUCUCCGGUGAAUUACACUCUAGACCCAACCACCGGUGUCCUUACAAUUACACCCAACGAUGGCACCAACAACAACAUUUGCUGUACUUAUGCCAGCGGCGGUGCACGGUUGGACCCGGCAGCCUGCACCUUGUCAACCUGCGCCCUGAAUGAUCCUGAGACUGCGCCGCUACAAUGUACCAUUGUAGGAAACACGCUGAAAUGCAGAAUCAACGCAUUUGCUGUUGACGCCACCUACGAGAUACCUCAGCUCGCCCUCCAACCCGAUGGUUCAUACCAGCUGGAGAUUGGCACAACUCUGGCUCCUGGGAACUCGCCCGUCACUUUACUCAUUGGCGCGCCUGGUACCACCUCUUCGACGAGCGUUGGCACUGGUAUCAACUCAAACACUGGUACCGGUAUUACGACGGGGACAGCAACAAUCCCUACGAUAAGCUUCAGUGUCUCCACGACCGUUAUCGUCUCAACGGAAAGCGACGGCGAUGUAACAAGCAUCACCCCUUUACCAACGAGCGAAGAAUUUACUGAAAUAACAACGGUCAUCGUCUCAACAGAGAGUGAUGGUGAUUUGACCAGCAUUACAUCAGUCAUAACGAGUCCCCUGGAGACGAUUAGUGCAAGUGUUACCGAGAUAACGACGGUCGUCGUCUCAACAGAGAGUGAUGGUGACUUGACCAGCAUUACAUCUGUCAUAACGAGUCCCCUGGAGACGAUUAGUGCAAGUGUUACCGAGGUAACAACUAUCAUCGUUUCGACAGAGAGUGAUGGCGAUAUAACGAGCAUUACAUCAAUCAUCACCAGCCCUCUGGAAACAAUCAGUGCAAGCGUUACCGAGCUAACAUCUGUUAUUGUUUCGACAGAGAGUGAUGGCGAUGUAACUAGCAUUACGUCGAUUAUUACCAACCCUCUGGAGACGACUAGUGCAAGCAUUACUGAGGCAACAACUGUCAUCGUUUCAACAGAGAGUGAUGGCGAUGUAACGAGCAUUACUUCGACCAUUACCGGCCCUGAGCCGACCAGCCCUGAGCCGACCAGCCCUGAGCCGACCAGCCCUGAGCCGGCCAGUACGUCGUCGAGCUUCACUACCGGCCUGAGUGUAACUACCAGUGUCAGUGAAUCUACUGGAACCGACGGCGAGGUGAGCAGCUCCACCUCUGUCAUCAGCAGCACCGUGUCUUCGGUCGUCGAAACCAGCCUCAGUUUGUCAACAAGUAUCGGUUUGACUACCGGAACCGAUGGCCAAUUGAGCACCGCCACUUCCAUUAUCAGCAGUGUUAUAACUUCUCUUUUGCCCACGUCUGAUCUCACGAACAUUCUGCCUACGCCUACAAAUCCGUUAAGCAGUAUCCUCUCAGAUGUUAGCAGCCUUUUGUCAGAGGUCACUGGCGAAAUUUCCACUAUUUUGCCUACGCCUACAAAUCCGUUGAGCAGUAUCCUCUCAGAUGUUAGCAGCCUUUUGUCAGAGGUCACUGGCGAAAUUUCCACUAUUUUGCCUACACCUACAAAUCCUCUAAGCAGUAUCCUCUCAGAUGUCAGCAGUGUCUUGUCAGAUGCCACGGGCGAGAUUUCGAGCAUUAUUGAGAGUGUUACUAUCAGUCCUAGCAUCACAGUAACUGGAACCAUUCUGCCCACGAGCAGCUUGACGGAACCACUGACUGGCACAGACGCCCUAAGUAGUAUCCUGUCCAGCUUAGGCAGCGAGGUAUCCAGUAUCUUGGAUAUUACAAGCACGCUGCUUCCCACCACAACCCCGGAUGUCAUCGCUACUAUCUCAACGAGUGAUAUUAUUAGCCUGACUACCUUACCGACCAGCAUCCUAAGCAUCAGCACCAGUCUAUCAAUCGGACUUGACACUACAUUAACCAGCAUCGCCACUUCCAUCAUCCCCACAAGCACCAUUCUAUCAGUCACAUUGAGCACCAGUGUCACCCUUGACGUCAGUAUCAGUACCGGAGUGGGCACCACUCUCAGUUCCAUCAUCUCCACGGUCAUACCGACGACCACGGCGGUAGUUACAGCUCCAGCUUGUGGCACAAAUCCUCCUGCCUACUACAUUGAUAACAAUGCUCUGAUACGCGCAGACUUUUCGCUGUCUCUCCUUGGGCUUCUAUCUGUAGCCACUUUCACAACGGUCAAUCCUGCCGUCGGUAAUGGUAAUCCCAUCAAUGCGAUGGGCUACAAUUUUGCGGAUGGCCUCCUCUACGCCGCUAUGGGUGCAGCUCCCUCUCGACUCAUCCGUAUCUCGCCGAGCAACGGUAGCUAUACAGACUUGGGAUCGCUUAAUCUGACUGCCAAUGCAGUUGCUGGUGUGAUUGACGAGAACGCCCAGUAUUGGCUGCUAGACGCGACAAACACACGCUGGACGCAAGUCAAUUUGUUCCCCGGCACAACCACAGUCAACAGAAUCGUUGGAUCUGGUGUCACACCGAAUACACCAGCGCACACGGUAGGGGAUUGGACAUAUGUCCCGGGUACCGGUAACAAUGCUCUUUACGGCGUCGGAUGGUCCACUACGGGUGGCUUGUUGCCCGUGAGGACAAAUUAUCUGGAGAGAUUUGAUCGAAGCACCAAAGUUUGGUCAGAACCAGCUUUAUUCCCGGACAUCACUCCGUUGCUGCUGGGAGCCACCACAAGAAACUGGCAGUCGGUCUACUCGACCGACAAUGGUCUGGUUGGACAGGUUGGCGUGACAGGCACCCUGUUCGCCACCGACUCCGUAUCCGGGAGCACCUUCUACUUCACUGUCCUGCCAGACGGAAUUACUGGCAGCCUGAUAGGCACUGAUUUGGGCAUCGCAACGAUUGCGCAAAACAUUGUCACUGCCGAUGCUGCCAGGUGUGCGGUGGGUCGUGCCGGGCUGAUUGCAUCCCUUGUCUAA